AUAAGAAGUGUUACAUUUACAUUUUAGUGGUUUAGUUAGAUUAAUCCUGUCGGACGCUGUUACUACUUCACUGAAGAUUUGGUGUUAAGAAGAGAUCUUCCAGGCGUCGUCUACAGCGUGCCGUAUAAAUACAAAAUAUUGAACUGUUUUAAGAAAAAAAAGAGUAGAAUGGGGGAUCAUGUAGAGAUUAGUAUAACGGAUGACGAAGAUGGAAAUAUUGGAGAUGAUGUUUCGAGUUGGUCAUCGGACCAAGUUGCGUGUUGGUUGAGAAGGAAAGGUUACCCAGAAUAUGCGGAUGCAGCUGUCAACUCUGUGUAUCCCAUCAAUGGCCACAGGUUGCUCUCAUUGACAAGAAAUGAUUUGUUGAACUCACCGUUUCAUAUGAACGACCAAACAGAAGCUGACCAUCUUAAUAAUUCUAUAGAAACAUUGAGAAAGUCACAACUUACAAAGUACAUGAAGAAAAUUGAACUUAAUGGUCUACGAAAUGGGUAUAGUAAAACUAGCCACAGUAAUUGUAAUGGGCGUAUAGCAAAUGGUUUUGCUUCGGUCACAACACCCUUGUUGAAUGGAGACACUCAUCACCACCAUAUUAAUGACACCACACCUUUUAUAUCAGGAGAAGAUAACAUUGGGAAUGGAGGAAACAAUUCUAGUGAACAAUUUCCUGUUGAAAAGUUAAAAACUUUUGUUGCAGUGUUGUAUAUGAUGUUUGGUUUCGUGGUCUCAGUGGUCACGCUACAGUUCGUUCAUGACCGGGUGCCUACUAUGACAGAAGAUCCACCGCUUCCAGAUAUCUUUUUUGAUAUUGUCCCUCGUCGUAUUGAGGGCGCGUUCAGUUACUGCGAGUCCAUCGGUAUGGUGUUAACCUCAUUCACAAUACUGGUGGCUAUAUUUCAUAAACACAGGUUUAUCAUUAUGCGUCGAAUAUUCUUCAUUCUUGGCACUUUGUACUUGUACCGCUCCAUCACCAUAUACGUGACGACGUUGCCGGUGCCUGGCUUGCACUUUAAAUGCGCACCAAAGGCAAACGGUCAUAUCUCUUUGAUGUUAACCAGAGCUGCAAGCCUUUUAUUCGGUGGUGGCCUAUCAGUGACCGGGUCACACCAUCUCUGUGGUGAUUACUUGUUUAGUGGUCAUACCAUUAUACUUGUCAUAACCUAUAUGACUAUACAUGAAUACACUCCGAAACGUUGGUGGUUCCUCCAUUGGUUAUGCUGGGUAAUGUCAGCCACUGGAAUCGUUUGUAUUUUACUUGCGCAUGAUCAUUACACGAUCGACGUCGUGGUCGCAUACUUGCUUACAACCCGUUUGUUUUGGUCGUACCAUACUCUAUGCAAUGUCGGCGUCCUGAAAGAAUAUGCCAACUCCAACCUUCUUUCUCGGGCCUGGUGGUUCCCCAUCUUCCGAUAUUUUGAGGAAAACGUCGCAUCGACCGGUUGUUUACCUCGACAGUUUGAAUGGCCGCUUCCCUGGCCUCGCAGGUUCCGCAACAACAUUGCUCCUGGUCGCCGAUCGCCUAUCAAGGGCGUGUGACGUCACGAGUGACGUCAUUCAACAAUUGACGUCACAGUGACGUCACCGACCUUCCAAGCCACCGUAACGGAGCUUCACCGCAUUCAGUGUUUCCAAUAUUUUCUAGGUUGGUAGAAACUACAGUGUUUCCACGUUUUUAUCGGUAAUGACGUGGACAGUCUUCACUGAGCCGUAUCUUGUUUGUCAUAUCCACCAUAACAUCUCAUCCGCGCUCGUGCGCCCUCUGUCCAAAAUAAUUUUACAUGUUUUAUUGUCCCGUUUUAAACCCACCGUGCUAGCCUGUGCGACUCACGUUUACUUUUCCAACACUGAUCGUUCCCGGUAGUUUUUCAUAUCUUAUAUAUAUAUACAUGCCGCUAUCGUUCGUUCUACGACUUCAGUUUUGCUUUCUAAACGCUGUAACAUGUCCGAAACUCUCUUUAAUAAAGGGUGCACAUCUUGAAUGUCACUUUGGGAUUUAUGUAGAUAAUAUAGAGCAUAUUUAAUAUAAAAAAACGCGUUAUGAGUUUAAAUAACUAUCCCAAUGUGGCUUUUUCGAUGUAAAUCUGUUUUACAACUUCCACAUAUUACACUUACAAGUAACCUACUCAGCCCCAAACCUGUGGCCUAACUAAGUUGCUAAUCGUUCUACAAUAUUGCCACAGUUUUGGCAACAAGCCUUCCUACUAUGUCUAAAUGAGAGAAACGAAAUUGCUUCCCGUUUUAUUGCUACAGUUUACACUUACAUGCCCAAGAUGCAAUUUUACAAAAUAUGGAUAGAAACAUAUUAAUCGGUUGUGAUUAAAAGUGUUAUUAUAUGUCCAGUGUUUGCUACUUAACGUUAAAACUUUGAAAGAUUCUUGACAGCUUUCUGUCGAUGAUUUAAAGCAAACGUACUUCUGUAAGUUGUGAUUUUAUUCCAAUUUACGUAAAAAACCUUUUUGUUGUUGUCCAGUUCACGCUCAUUAUCGGCAAUGUUUCAAUAAAAAUAUUUUUAAAACGCG